CUAUGUCGCUGUUUUUAAACAACAGCGAAAAUUCAACCUUAGUUGACAUGAUCAAUAAUUAUGAUUGGUCAUCAACUUCAGUGGGUCCUAUAAGUUCAUGGGAGCCUCAAAUUAGAUCUAUUCUGCGAAUCAGCCUUAAAUCCAUCUUUCCCACAUUUAUACAUAUGGGUCCAGAUUGGACUACCCUAUACAAUGAAGCGGCGGUACUAACGCUAAAAUCAAGGCAUCCUAAUG